UGCAGAACGAGUAGAAUGUCGCGUGUAGAAGAGAAUAAAUGGAUAAAAGAAGUAAUGUUACAGGUUAUUAAGAAUCUCGGAUCAAACGUGAAUGAAGCUGGAUACGAAUUGUGUAAACUCGCUGAAAAUCCGAUGUCUAGUCAGUAUUAUAUAAAUGUGAAGUUUAAGAACAAGAAUGGCCAAAGCGAGGGACGCUCUAUCUUGCUGAAAAGACCUACGCAAUUGGAAAAGUGUAGACUGGUACAUUACAUCGAUUAUCAAUUUCACAAUGAGAUCCUGUUUUACCAGAUGUACGCUCAGCCCGGUGAUAAUUUUGCGAAAUGCUUCUAUGCCAACGAACGAUCGCCUAUCGAUUCGGUGAUUGCUUUGGAGAACGUCAACGAGGGAGGAUACUAUCCUUGCACGUAUGUAUGUGACGCUCCUCUGGAAUAUACAUUGGCGGCGUUUCGUGAGAUAGGAAGAUUCCACGGUAAAGGGUAUGUCAUGAAGGAGUUGCAGCGCGAGAAGUUCUUCGAUAUUGUAAAACGAAUUCAAGAAACUAGGUACGACGCGACGUAUACGUUUAAAAAUUUCGUCGACAUAAUUGCAACGCGAGCAGUGGAAUAUCUUCGCAAUCAUGGUCACGAUGUAACCUUCUGCGAUAAGAUGGAAGCUUUACUCUCGAGAGCAUUUGACAAAGUGUUGAUGAAGGCGGUGGAACCGCGGGAACCAUUGUCCACGCUGUGUCACGGCGACUUUACAUUGAGCAAUACUCUCUUCAAGGCGGAGAACGAGGGACAAUACCGAGCGAUGCUGAUCGACUUCGCGCUUUGCAGAUACGCGACUCCCGUCGUUGAUCUUUCCACGUAUCUUUGUCUGUGCUGUUCGAAUGAAAUGAGAAAAGACAAAUUCUUCGAGCUAAUGCGAAGCUAUCACGAUGCAUUGAAAGAGUACCUACUGGAAGCUGGCGUUUCGGAUAUUGAGAAAUACUCGUACGACGCUUUACUGGACGAUUACAAGAGAGGUGGCCUCCUCGGUUUCAUCAUCGCAUCUUUCUUUUUAUCAGUAUUAAAGGGUUACGUAAGAGAUCCAAACGUAGUAAUCAUGGACUGGGAGGAGAGAGGAAAAGUGUUGAAGCAAGUCGGCGGAGACGAAAUAUCCAAGAUACUAGCUGACAUGUUACUGCAUCUGAAGGAUCUUGGUUGUUUAACAUACUUUUAAAUAACCCUUGAGAUAACAAUGCGGUACCGAGCAUACACGCGUGAUAUGAGAUAAAAAGAUACAAGUGCACUG